AUGGCUACUAUUACUUCUUCCCGCCUCUCUAAUGUCAAUUCCAUUUCAUCAAAUCACCACCGUUCCGACUUACAACUCAAGCCCACCCCCGUCAGAAUGACCAUAACUCAACAAACUCGCAACCCACGUCUCCAUUGGGCUUCUUUACACGCCGACAUCGAAGCCCAUCUCAAAUCUUCCAUUACAGUCAAACAACCUCUCGAGGUUUUUGAGCCCAUGCAUCACCUCGUUUUCUCCGCCCCGAAAACCACCGUGCCAGCUUUAUGCCUAGCGGCAUGUGAGCUUGUAGGCGGUCAACGCCACCAAGCCAUAUCCGCUGCUUCAGCUUUGUUACUAAUGGAGGCAGCUACUUAUACUCACGAGCAUCUUCCACUCACAGACAGGCCCAGGCCCGGGAGGAAUCAUGUUUACGGGCCUAACGUGGAGCUUCUAACUGGCGAUGGAAUUGUUCCGUUUGGAUUUGAGCUGUUAGCUGGAUCCGACAGUGGGGAAAAUUCGGAGCGGAUUUUAAGGGUGAUGGUUGAGAUCUCACGGGCUGUGGGCUCAACAGGGGUGAUAGAUGCGCAGUACAGGAAAACAGUGGAUAGCAGAUCGGACGGUGAUGAGAUAUGCCACGUGGAAGAAAUCAUGCGCGUGGUGGAGAAAUAUGAAUGUGAGUUGCAUUCAUGUGGAGCAGUAUGUGGAGGGGUGUUGGGUGGGGGGAGUGAAGAAGAAAUAGAGAAAUUGAGAAAAAUUGGAUUCUAUAUUGGAAUGAUUCAAGGAAUGGCACAAAGGGGAUUCAAGGAAGGUAAACAAGUGAAUGAGGCAAGAAAUUUGGCUCUACAAGAAUUGCAGUUUUUCAAAGAUAAUGAUGUUGAUGCAAUCAAUAGUUUAUUGAAUAUUUAA